AUGGAUUCAGCAGCCAACAGCUGUAUGAGGGGCCCCCAUUCUCCAGCCCCGCUGUGGGGCUGCCUGCGGAGCCCCCAUUCUGAGGUCAGCGGGCCAAUGGCACUGCCCCACUACCCUCCUGCUCCAUUCUCCUUCCACCAGAAACCAGACUUCCCAACGUACCCUGACUUCUCUGCCUCGUGCCUGGCCGCUGCACCCCAUAGCCUGCCCCGAGAGGAGAGGGUCCUUGCUGACCAGCACCCUGCCUUCCCACAGCCCCCUGACUGGCAUUUCCCCGGCUCUGAGGCCCGGAGAAGACUCACCCCAGGCCCAACCUUGAGUUCUGGGGAGGUGGGUGAAAGCAGCCCCGGCCUCAUGGAUGCUGUAGGGAGCCUAGGGGAGGACUAUGGGGUUCCUGGGACCACUGCCAAUGAGACUGAGAAAAAAUCAUCAAAAAGGAAAAAGGAAAACUCAGAAAACCAGGACUGCAGAGGAAAGCCAGAAACCAGCAGCAAAGCUCGCAAGGAGCGGACAGCCUUCACCAAAGAGCAGCUGAGGGAACUGGAGGCAGAAUUUGCCCAUCACAACUAUCUGACAAGACUCAGGAGAUAUGAGAUUGCUGUGAACCUGGACCUCACUGAGCGCCAGGUCAAAGUGUGGUUCCAAAAUCGAAGGAUGAAAUGGAAGCGAGUGAAAGGGGGUCAGCCUGUUUCCCCCCAGGAGCAAGAUACUGAAGAUGUGGACUCUGCGGCUUCCCUAAGUUCAGAGUGAGACACUCCAUGAAGAGAGGAAUGGGACUGGGAGCUGUGGCCCCAAACAACUCUUUUCCCUGCCUACCCUACUCUACCGACUAUAUCCCCAACACAUGGAGGAUAUCUCCAGACACUUCUCUCUGUGCCUCUUAGAAGGGAGACUUAAAUAACUCAACUUCUCUGGAACCCUGAAGCUCCAGAGAAAAAAAAUGUUCUGUUUGAUCUAACUCACUGACCCUGUGU